AUGGUUAUGAUUUAUCAGACUGAGCUAGCUGAGGCCAUGACUGGUGGAGAACAGCUUAAAGCUGAGGGUGGCUAUUUUGGCCAGAUCAGAAAUACUAAAAAAUCCUCUCAGAGAUUAAAGGAUGCACUGUUGGACCAUGAUCUUGCUCUUCCUCUCUGUUUGCUUAUCGCCCAGCAGAGGAAUGGGGUUAUCUUUCAGGAAGGAGGAGAGAAACAUUUGAAACUUGUGGGAAAGCUCUAUGAUCAGUGUCAUGAUACCCUGGUACAGUUUGGUGGGUUUUUAGCAUCUAAUCUAAGCACAGAAUAUUAUAUAAAGCGGGUGCCUUCAAUUGUUGUGCUCUGUAAUGAAUUUCAUACACCCCAUGAUGCAGCAUUUUUCCUGUCUAGGCCAAUGUAUGCACACCAUAUUUCAUCAAAGUAUGAUGAACUUAAAAAAUCAGAAAAGGGAAGUAAAUAGCAACAUAAAGUUCAUGAGUACAUCACAUCAUGUGAGAUGGUGAUGGCUCCUGUCCAUGAAGCAGUGGUUUCCUUGCAUGUUUCCAAAGUCUGGGAUGACAUCAGCCCUCAAUUCUAUGCCACGUUUUGGUCACUGACAAUGUAUGACCUUGCAGUUCCACAUACCAGCUAUGAAAGAGAAGUCAAUAAGCUUAAAGUCCAGAUGAAGGCAAUUGAUGACAAUCAGGAAAUGCCUCCAAAUAAAAAGAAAACAGAGAAGGAGCACUGUACUGCCCUUCAGGACAAGCUUCUUGAAGAAGAAAAGAAACAGAUGGAAUAUGUACAGCGAGUUCUACAGAGACUGAAACUGGAAAAGGACAACUGGCUUUUAGCAAAAUCUACCAAAAAUGAGACCAUCACAAAAUUUCUACAGCUGUGUACAUUUCCUCAAUGUAUUUUCUCAGCAAUUGAUGCUGUUUACUGUGCUCAUUUUGUUGAAUUGGUACAUCAACAGAAAACUCCAAAUUUUUCAACACUUCUUUGCUAUGAUCGAGUUUUCUCUGACAUAAUUUACACCAUCGCAAGCUGUACUGAAAAUGAAGCUAGUCAGUAUGGGAGAUUUCUUUGCUGCAUGUUAGAGACCAUGACCAGAUGGCACAGUGAUAGAGCCACAUAUGAAAAGGAAUGUGGAAACUAUCCAGGAUUCCUUACCAUAUUAUGGGCAACUGGAUUUGAUGGUGGAAAUAGAGCUGAUCAGUUAGACUAUGAAAAUUUUUGACAUGUACAUAAGUGGCAUUACAAACUAACAAAGGCAUCAGUACAUUGCCUUGAAACAGGUGAAUAUACUCACAUCAGGAAUAUCUUGAUUGUGCUAACAAAAAUACUUGCUUGGUACCCAAAAGUUUUGAAUCUGGGUCAGGCUGUAGAAAGAAGAGUGCAUAAAAUCUGCCAAGAAGAAAAAGAGAAGAGGCCUGAUCUAUAUGCAUUGGCUAUGGGCUACUCUGGGCAGUUGAAAAGUAGAAAGCCAUACAUGAUCCCUGAAAAUGAGGUUCAUAGCAAAGACCCCCCCCCUCUGAGGAAUGCAGUUGCCAGUGUACAAAAUGGGCCUGGUGGUGGGCCUUCUUCAUCAUCAGUAGGAAGUGCAUCUAAAUCGGAUGAAAGCAAUACUGAGGAGACUGAUAAAUCAAGGGAGAGAUCUCAGUGUGGUGUGAAAGCAGUUAAUAAAGCUUCUAGUGCCACACUGAAAGGGAAUUCAAGCAAUGGAAAUAGUGGCUCUAACAGCAGCAAAGCUGUUAAAGAAAAUGACAAAGAAAAAGUGAAAGAAAAAGAAAAAGAGAAAAAAGACAAGACUCCAGCUACUACUCCAGAGGCCAGGGUACUUGGUAAAGAUGGUAAAGAAAAACCAAAGGAAGAGAGGCCAAAUAAAGAUGAAAAAGCAAGAGAGACCAAGGAAAGAACACCUAAGUCUGACAAAGAGAAAGAAAAAUUCAAGAAGGAAGAAAAAGCUAAAGAUGAAAAAUUCAAGACCGCCGCUGUUCCCAAUGUAGAAUCAAAAUCAACUCAAGAAAAGGAAAGAGAGAAGGAGCCAUCCAGAGAAAGAGAUAUAGCAAAGGAUAUGAAAUCCAAGGAAAAUGUUAAAGGAGGAGAAAAAACAGCAGUUUCUGGGUCCUUGAAGUCACCUGUUCCCCGAUCAGAUAUUGCAGAGCCUGAAAGGGAACAAAAACGCAGCAAAAUUGAUACUCACCCUUCUCCAUCACAUUCCUCAACAGUAAAGGGAACAGCCAUACUUCCCAAAUUUCCUCUGGGUUCUGAGAACUAUGCCAGCUCACCUGUCAUCUCCAUUCAUUUACUACAGGACAGGCUCAUCAAACUCAAGGAGUCUUCAACAAAGCUCUACAUUAAUCAUACUCCUCCACCACUGUCCAAGAGUAAGGAGAGAGAAAUGGACAAGAAAGAUUUGGACAAGUCGAGGGAAAGAUCAAGAGAGAGAGAAAAAAAAGAUGAAAAGGACAGGAAAGAGCAGAAAAGGGAUCAUUCAAACAAUGACCGUGAAGUGCCACUGGACUUAACCAAGAGGCGUAAAGAGGAAAAUGGAACAAUGGGGGUUUCAAAACACAAAAGUGAAAGUCCAUGUGAGUCUCCUUACGCAAAUGAGAAAGACAAGGAAAAAAAUAAGUCAAAAUCUUCAGGCAAGGAAAAAGGCGGCGAUUCUUUUAAAUCUGAAAAGAUGGAUAAAAUCUCAUCCGGUGGCAAAAAGGAAUCCAGGCAUGAUAAAGAAAAAAUAGAAAAGAAAGAGAAACGGGACAGUUCAGGAGGAAAGGAAGAAAAGAAACAUCAUAAGUUCUCGGACAAGCACAGAUAAUGAAGACUUUCAAUCAAGGGUAUGGACAGACCUCUAAGCUGAAGGUCUCCCAGAGGAGGAUGCCAAAGCUCCAUGCAUCACUCUCAGAAUGAUUUCUCCCAUAAUUAAGAGCUUCUGGUGCUGUCCAUUUAAUGGGAAUCUGCUUUAAGCCAGAAGAUGAAUAUACACCACCAUCCUCUUGACAAGACAUUCCAAAGUCACUGAUUUUCAGAACAUUAUUUUCACCUCCAGGCAGUUUCUUGCAGCAAGGUCUCUGUGUAUAAGUUUUUUAUUCAAGAAAUGCCAUAGCAGAAGAGGCAUCUAAGGAAAAUUUCAUUAACUGAGUUUUAGCUCAUCCUUUUUUCUCAGAAAGGAAAGGAAUCGCCUCCUGGAACCAGUUCCAUAAUGAUGUAGAUAGGCUGUCUUUGUGUGUGAACUCAAAUUUGAAAAAAUGGGGAUGCUCAUAUUGCUUGAGGAUUUUGGCUUCUGGUAAAAAAAAUAAUUUCAGUUCCUGGGAAAGAUCUUUACACAUUUUAAAAGCAAUAGCAGUUUUAUCCUUUAAUGUGCCCUUAAAAAAUUCACCAAAAUUUCCUUUGUCUCGUAAUUCUCCCCAUGUGACAUCUUCAUGAUUGAGAACCCAUUUCUUAUCCUCCUAGUUACUACCAUACUGAUACCAUGAUGCUCUUUAUUGGAACAUUGACUUUUUUUGGCAAUUUUUAAAAUUGAGAUAAAAUUCACAUAAUAUAAAGCUUCACCAUUUUAAAGUGUACAAUUCAGUGGGUUUUAGUAUAUUCACAAUGUUAUGCAACCAUCACCACUAUCUGAUUCCAGAGCAUUUCUAUCAC